CUCUGCUUCGAUCGUGGAAUCUUGUGAUAGAAUCGACUUUUAAUCGUUUGCUCGGAUUUGUCCGCUCUUUUUAGGGUUCUUCUAUCCUCUUUUUACAGACCCUAAUCGUCGGAUCAGAUCCGUGCAUCGGUUUUAUCAAUAAAACCUUGGGUUGAUUUUUUCACUUUAUCAGCAAAGUUUCAUGUCUGACCUCGACAUCCAGAUUCCUAGUGCCUUUGACCCUUUUGCUGAAGCAAAUGCUGAGGAUUCUGGAGCUGGGUCAAAAGAGUAUGUGCACAUUCGUGUUCAGCAGAGAAAUGGUAGGAAAAGCUUGACAACUGUUCAGGGACUUAAAAAGGAUUAUAGCUACAACAAGAUUUUAAAGGACCUCAAAAAGGAGUUCUGCUGCAAUGGCACUGUUGUUCAGGACCCUGAGUUAGGCCAGGUCAUUCAGCUCCAAGGUGAUCAGCGGAAGAACGUCUCUAGCUUUCUUACUCAGGCUGGAAUAGUGAAGAAAGAUCAUAUCAAGAUUCAUGGUUUUUAAGCGUCAAAUGUGUCUGUCAUCUACGACUGCGAGUAGUAUAUUGUGAACUUUAGUAGGAUAUGGAUAUGGUUUAUUAUAUUUGGGUUUCACUAUUGCCAUUAGGUAUAGUGAUAGUGUUGGUCUAUCUGUGGAAUGAUUGUCACAAUAUUAUGCUAGCCUUUGAAAUUAACCAAAUAAUCAUCGCAACCGACAUAAGAAUGCUU